AUGGCGCACCGCUUCGUCUUCACCGCCCUUGUGACGGGCUCCCGAAUCCUCGGUCGGUCCUUCGUGGCAGCCUACAAGCAGGCGCAAGCCGCUUCGCAAUACCAGCGUGCGGCCGCCAAGGCUGGCGGUUCCUCGGCCAGGGCCUCCCUCUCCUCCGGCAUGACCCUGGACGAAGCCUGCAAGAUCCUCAACGUCAAGCCGCCCGCAGGUGGCCAGGCCAACAUGGACGAGGUUCUCCAACGGUACAAGCGGCUCUUUGACGCCAACGAUCCUCACAAGGGCGGCAGCUUCUACCUGCAGAGCAAGGUUGUCAGAGCCAAGGAGCGAUUCGAGCAAGAUAUGGGCCCUAUACGUCAAAGGGCCGAGCAAGAGGCGGAAACUCAGCAAGGGUGGAAGCCCAAGAUCUACAAGGAUAAAUAA